CAAGACCUCUGAAGCGUUGCCAGAUAGUCACACCGAGUAUACUGAGCUGGACACGUUUUUAAGCGGCGCAAAAGAGAACGCUACCCACGAUGAUGCUAAUGUCGGAGCUGAAGAGCCGUCACUUUUGGGCCAGUGCCCUGGUGGAGCUGAUCGCAACUUUCUUUUUCAUCUUCCUGACAACUGGUACAACCAUCAGAUGGAAUUCGAUGCACCCUCCGUCGACAGAGCUGAUUUCUUUGUGUUUCGGACUAAGCAUUGCAACCCUGGCGAUGUGCAGUUUGCACCUCAGUGGCGGGCAUAUCAACCCCGCCGUUAGCAUUGCCAUGAUGGCCGUCAAAAAAGUGUCAGUAAUUCGGGGGAUAACUUAUGUAAUUUUUCAACUGGUCGGAGGUAUCGUAGGCUCAGCAGUAUUAAAAUACAUCACACCAGAGGCAAAACGCGGUACUCUGGGCGCCACUGUCCCAGGUCCCGAAGUGACUGCAGGCCAAGCAGUCGGUAUUGAAAUCUUGCUGACAUUUCUCCUGGUCUUCACUGUGUGCGCGAGUACGGACCCCAAGAGGAAUCACUAUGGAUACGAAGUCCCUCUGUCAAUUGGCCUUUGUGUGGCUGUGUGCCAUUUCAUUGGGAUUGGUUUUACAGGAUGUGGCAUUAAUCCUGCUCGCUCAUUUGGUCCGGCUGUGAUCAUGAAUACAUCCGAAAUCUGGGAAAACCACUGGGUGUAUUGGGUUGGUCCAAUUGGAGGAGGGUUAAUUGCAGCAGUUCUGUAUCAGGUGAUAUUUCGAGCGAGGCAAGAACAAGGCCCAACAGCUGGUUCUGUGAGUGAACUGGACAACUAUCCAGAUUCCAAGCUCUGAACUGUGAAGGAGUAAUAUCAUCGCUUAAAAUGCGACUUUCUCAAGAACGCUUACUUGCAGUACUCAAGCAGCAUAUAAAAGGUUGUGGCUUGUAUUAAAGUAGCUUUUCUAGGUAUUGCUAUUAGAGGUUUGAAAAAGAAAGAGACAUAAGUGAUUUUGUAAUUAAUGUUAAAUGGGCCUUCUUUCAAAUGAAUCUCUUUUAUGCGCAAAAAGUACGUAAGAGGCCUUGGGUAAUCAUGAUUAUAAGAAUUUUUGUAAAGAGAAUAGCAGCGAUUUAGAAUUUUAAAUAUCGAAGGGGCCUGUUAAAGAAAAACGAUUCUUUUGACGUGCACUAGAAUAAAAAGAACUUAAGGUGGCCAUUUUUUUAGUGUUAUCACAACUUAGCGAACUUAGCGUACAUUUUCCUCUUGCGUUCUGAGCUGAGAAAUGUUUAUCUUUGUAUGCACAAAGCAAAAAUGUUUUCACGCUUGUCGUGUUAUUUUGUAAACCUUGGAGAAACACCUUGAUUAGGAUCUGUCAGUAACUGAGUUUCCAUUGGUAGCUAGAUUUUAGCGAUUUGUUCAACUUACCAUCUAUUGUUCUGAGAAUUUCUUGAGCCUUUAAUACACAGGUACAUUUAUGAGCGUCUUUUGAGGAUAGGUUCCAGAGAGUGAUGACAAUCUGCACCUUAAAUUCCCAGAAGCGAUUUUCGUGUAUCUUAUCUUUACAGCAUCGAUACAUCUUGCUACGACAGACAUACUAGCUAAUGAGUUUUUAUCUGUAAUACCUAUUUCUCUUUUUCACCUUACAAAGAAAAUUAAAGUAGCUAGAAAGGAAAAUUACCAAUCAGGCCUGUGAAUGACGAAGAGCAAGAUUUCUAGUCCCGUUGCGAGCCUAAUUUUAUACUUUAUAACCAGUUUUUUAAACCAUUUGCAUAAGCUACUUUAGUAGAAGUAGCUAUAGUUGUGGCAGAAAGUAUAUCAUAUUCUUGUUUUAACUGCAAUGGUUGUGCGCUAGCGUUUCUCAUGUGAAGAAUAAGGUUAAUUGAUUGGGUAAUUAUAAGCUUAAUUACGGUUCGAAGUUGAUAUACGUCCAGCCUCUUAGGACCUAGCCUGAUGUUUUAGCAUCAUGAUUUUGAGACAUUUUUCAUGUAUUUCAUUAUCAUAGACUUUAUUCAUGAAUAAGGAAAUAAAAAUUUCAAAAUUCCUGCGGGA